UUGCAAUUUUAAUCCAAAAAUGUUGAUUCUAAUAUUCAUUCUCGGCUUAAUUACAAACUCAGUUUGUGAAAAACCAAAAAAUAGCGACAGUGAACAAGUCCACCCGCGAGUAGUCCCCCACUCGGAAGUAAAUCGCAGAUUUAAGAGGUCCAAUUUAAACUAUGAAGAAACUGACGCGGAAGUUUUUUAUAUUGACGUCAAAAAUCUCACGCUAAAGACCAAAUUCAACCGGGAUUUGGUCGUAGCAAGGGAUUACGCAGUCCAGUGGGCGAGUUCCGGGGCCAAAAAGAGGCCAAAAGGCGAAAAGAGUCACCCGAGACUGGAGCACUGUCUUCCUUUGCACGGAGAAGUUCAAGGAGUCAAGGAUUCUUAUGUCGCUGUUACUAUCUGCAGCAAUCACUUCUACGGGCUGCUUAAGCUUGGGGAGAAGACUUUCUUCCUUCAGCCGACGAAAGUCAAUGGGGGACAUGUUUUGUACGAGACUAAGGAACCGUUUUUGGAGGAUAUAAAGAUCAGGUAUGACAAGAAGGACAAAAGUCAGUUCAAGAAGUUUGAGGAAGACAACGAAAUUUAUGGAGAAGACACUCCAAAGUGCACUGCUUGGCAAAUGGACAACUCGGGGAGCAGGUUUGUGACACUGGGCCCGUCUUCUUGCCCCGGAAACUACGAUCAUCACCGAAAUCGCACGAGAAGAAGUACCAAAUUUACCAGCACUGAGCAGCCCUAUAGAAUAGUAAAAGGCUGCGGGAAAAGAAGAAAAAGAGUAGUCACUAUCUGCGAUACCGGGGAAAACUUCGAUAUGACUGGGGAUGUUGCGAGCCCGCAUUAUUUUGAUACUUUAGAGUCUCAAUAUCGGCUGGGAAACGAACAGACCGAAGCUUCGAUUCCUCAUUCAGGGUCAAGUUCUCAUCCCUUUCGAUCGUGGUACGAUGAGGACAAAGCAAGGCCGUUCCUAAAAGGCCGCAUCAUGAAGCGAAAUUCUCGCAAAGGACAUUCUGUGAGCAAAUGGAUAAAGAUCGUAAUUGGUGUGGACUUCGAUGUUAUUAGAUAUCACGGCGAACUCACCGAACAAUACGUUUAUACUAUUUUAAAUAUUGUCAGCUCGCUGUUCAGGAAAAUUUCUAUCGCCAAUCUCACGAAGAUCGUGAUCAAGAGAUUAAUUAUGUACCCGAAUCCUGAGGACAGUGCAGUGCGAAAAGGAAACAUGCAGUACCCGCUGUACAAUGUAAACCUUUGGAACAGACGAAUCCACGACAGCUCAAAAGAAAAACACGACAUGGGUUUGUGGUACACGCACUACCCUCUGGGGACCGACAUCGCUUCAGCCCCGGGGCCGUACAUGUGCAAUAAAAUGAGGUCGUGCAUUCUCGUCCAAGAUGUCGGGUGGGUUUCAGCGAUAAAAAUAGCUCACGGUAUCGGGCAUUUAGUUGGCCUGAAUCACGACGGAGAGAUUGAGACGAACAAUUACUGCGCGUCAGAAGCUCUGCUUCACGCGACAGUAAUGUCCAAAACGAUGCCUGCUGUUAAUCCAUCGCCCACUUGGUCUUCGUGCUCAGUUCAGCACUACAAUGAAAUUAUAGGUGAGUUUGCAUGCUUGGACCGACCGCCGACGACCGAUGAAACAACCGCAUAUUUGCCGGGGGUAUUUUCGCUAGACGACCAGUGUCGCAUCGAGUUUGGAGACGGGUGGGUAUUCUGCAUCAGAGUUACCGUUAAAGAUCCUUGCAUGGAAUUGUGGUGCAAUAGAGCUGCCAGCAGAAGACGCAGCUGCAUGACCCGCAUGACCCAGACACUCGAGGGGACGCCUUGUGGCAGAGGGAAGAGGUGCAUCAACGGGACCUGUUCCGAGCCGUUCUGGGAUUUGGAAACUUCGAAUGAUCCCGACGAAGGAUACACCACUAUCCAGCCGUCAUCUUCGAGUUACAGUUAUACCUUUAGUCCGACGCCUCCAACCACCACUCCUUACGGUCAAUACCCUGGACCUCCUUCUUAUCAACCUCCUAGUUAUGGAACUCCAUCUCCUCCAAGUUUUGGAACUCCUUCCCCACCUAGUUAUGGAACUCCAUCACCUCCAAGUUACGGAACGCCGUCUCCUCCAGGUUAUGGACCUCCAGGUCCUCCCAGCUACGGCACACCUUCACCACCAAGUUAUGGCACAUCAACGCCAGGUUAUGGAACACCUUCUCCUCCGAGUUACGGAACUCCAUCUCCUCCAGGUUAUGGACCUCCAGGUCCUCCAAGUUACGGAACUCCGUCUCCACCAGGUUACGGACCUCCAGGUCCUCCAAGUUACGGUACAUCAACACCAGGUUAUGGGUCGCCUUCUCCACCAGGCUAUGGUGGACCUACAGGUCCUCCAAGCUACGGAACACCUUCACCACCAAAUUAUGGAACAUCAACGCCAGGUUAUGGGUCACCUUCUCAACCAGGAUACGGAACACCUUCACCACCUGGCUACGGUCCAUCUCCUCCAGGUUAUGUACCAAGCCCUCCAAGCUAUUCACCAAGUGCUCCAGGUUAUUCACCAAGUCAGCCUGGUUCUCCAUAUACACCUGGAUCUCCAGCCAAUCCAGCGUUCUCCUCGAAUUGGGGUAACCACGACUCCCUAUUGAAAGUUCCGAUUGGUUCCAGGUGGAACGGCUAUGUUACUUUAUCCAGCAAUGACUAUUUCAUAUUCAUAUUCAUUAUGAAUAAAAUUAUUUUAAUCCACACAAUUAUUUUCACCUUGCACGCAAUAAUUGUCGCCGAAACAAACAAAAUUCACGUUAUAAAUCACGGCUUUGUUUCUCCAAAAAUUUUGAACCCCGCUUCAAAAAUUUUGCGCAGAUCUAUAGACUCAAAAAUUAAUGACGUUUAUGUUUCGGUGGGCAAUUGGACGCUGAAAACUCGAGUCAGCAGUCGACUGACAUUCCCGAAAAUAAAUUGGAUAUCUUCCGACCCGCGUUUCGCGACUUUGGGAAUGAAAAAUGUUAAAUCUGCAGAAAAUUGCACAAUUUUGAACGGUCAUGUCCAAAAAACUAAUUUUCAGAGCAUAGUUACAAUUUGCGACGGCAAUUUUUACAUUGUUGUCUUUUUAAACUCAAAAACAUUGACGCUCUACCCUACAACCAACGGCAGUCACAUUCUCCAAGAAAUCAGAGCGCCAAAAAUCAAAAGACACUCUAGAAAUUUCAACGAUUUGACGGAAGACACUUUUGAUCUUUACCGUAACAUAGGACCAACAAACGUCCAAAAGAAGCCAAGUGAGGAAGACAAGUCUAGUUUAAACUUCACCAACUCACUUCUGAUGUACAAGUAUCUCGAACGACCUACACCCGGUGAUACAAAGACGUCACCUUCACAAUGGCUCGAGCUCGGAGUCGCUGUUGAUUACUCGGUGAUAGAAUUCCACGGCGAGCAAGUACAACAAUAUAUUUUCGCUCUACUAAACAUCGUCAGUGCAAUUUACAGUCAUCCUUCCCUUGAAGCUAAUCUCAGGCUUGUAAUCGUAAGAAUUAUUUUUUAUGCCGACAAAAAGGAUUCUAUGAUACAUCUCGGCAAUGCCCGCAAGUCACUAGGAAACGUCAACAAGUGGAACCGAAAGCUCCUUUCAUCAGUUUUAAAACCCCACGACGUAGCAGUCUGGCUAACAAGACUGGACAUCGGCGGUCCGUCUGGGUACGCUCCAGUGUCAGGCGUGUGUGAUCCAGCGAGAUCAUGUGCGCUGAACCGUGACGAAGGUCUGACAAGUGCCUUUAUCAUCGCCCACGAGCUCGCUCACAUUUUAGGACUGACUCACGACGGAGAUAAAGCCGCGGAUAAUUCUUGCGCCGACGAAGUAACCGGGAGCGUGAUGGCUCCUGUCGUCGCGGCGACUUUCCACCGGUUCCACUGGUCAGUCUGCUCCCGGACCGAGUUUCACCAUCGAUCCAGAGACUGGACGUGCUUGAACAAUCACCCGGAGCUGAAUAAUGCAACAUAUUUAAAAGCCUUGCCGGAGACAUUUACAAUGGACGAGCAGUGUCGCAUGGAAUUCGGGGACGGGUACGAGCUUUGCAAGCGCCUUGAUUUAAUGGGUCUCUGCGCCCACCUGUGGUGUGCUCAUAAGGACCUCAAUAAACUAUGCAAAACAAAGAAAGGACCUCCUUUAAAUGGGACGCCCUGCGGGAAAAAUAAACGGUGUGUUGAUGGCAACUGCCAGUCGAUCGACCAAAAUAACUUCCAGCUGGCUUUGCUAAAGAAAAACAUUUCAAUAAACGGCGGCUGGAGUCUCUGGUCCCAAGGAAAGUGUUCAACGACCUGCGGCGUUGGUGUUAUUGUUCGAUAUCGCUAUUGCAACAAUCCUAUACCUUUUGGUGGAAAAGACUGCGAGGGACCAAGCAAAGAAUUGAUAAUUUGCAACCAAGAAGAUUGCCCGUUAAAAAGCGACCCGCGAAGAGAACAAUGCACUCGUCUAACCUCGGGAGCAGUAGGUAUUAGAACUGGUGACAGUAAAUUACGGGCGAGUUGGGUGGCCCAUUACAUUGCGGAUGAUAAACUGAACUGUCGGGUGAUAUGCAGAAACUCGGGGACCGGGAGCGUUUACAUCAGCAGUGAGUUUGUCUCAGACGGAACGCCUUGCUCCUACGAGUCGACAGACAUUUGCAUUAAAGGGAGCUGCUAUUCAAUGGGCUGCGAUCGGGUGUUGUACUCUGGAAAACGACUCGACGCUUGUGGAAACUGCGAGGGAGAUAAUUCAACUUGUACUUCUAUCAGCAGCAACUUCCAGCGGAAAAUUCGCCGAGCUACUACCAGGCUCGCGAUCGUCCCGGCAGACUCCUACGAUAUCUUUAUUGAGGUAAAAUUGAUUUGUACCCGCAAUCAAACUAUUAAACUGAUGUUCCGCGAUGGAAAGCGCAAAAAACACGCAGUUGAUUUUUUCUUUGAUGACGGAAUCACCGAGGCGAUGAUUAUCGUCGAGGGAACCGGCUUCAGGAUUAAGAAGAUAAGGGAUUUAUUUAAAAUCAACGGGCGAGGUCCUACUUUGGCUCCUGUUACUGUAUCGAUUAAGGUUCCGGAGUACCGAAGAAGCGGCGCGGUUUUGAUUGAUUUCCGAUACGUAAUUGAGAGGAGAGAAGAACGUAGUAAUUAUUCGUGGUUCUCCGGAGGAUGGAGCCCGUGUUCUGCGAGCUGCGGGGGAGGAGUCCGGUACAGGACUGUGGCCUGCAAGAACGAGAAAACCGGGAGCGUAGUUAGCAAAAAAAAGUGCCUGUUGAUAAUGAAGCCGGUGCAGCAGAUGGAGAAGUGUAACACGUUUAGUUGCCAGUUUAAGUGGAUCACCGGGCCGUGGGAGGGCUGCUCAAAGAGCUGCGGAUCGACAGGUGUCCAGCGGAGGGAACUUUAUUGUGUUCACUCAUCGUUUCCCGAUAAUAAUGUUACCAAUAUAAAUAAACAGCUGGUGUAUCGAGCAAUGCUAUCUCACGGUAUUUGCAAAGCGUAUCAAGCGCCGGUAAAUAAACAAAACUGCAAUGGGUUUCCUUGCCGAGUACGAGGAUAUUGGCUCUACAAGGGAUGGUCCCAGUGCCUACAAGCUUGCGGUCAUAGCUCGCAGUCACGAGUGCCUCGGUGUCUACCACAAGACAAAGAUUCGUUUGAUUGCCGUCAUAAUACUCAACUGAAUGAAUUACAGGCUUGCAAAGAUAAACUCGAGAGUAAUGAUAAUAGUAAUAAUAACAAUAACAGUUACUGUAAAAAAAUAUGUAGGAGAGAUAAAAGAAGCUACUGCGUUUAGGGAAAAAUUUUUUUUCCUAAAGAUUGUCAUGUGUGUUCAUAAUACGCUUUUAAGUAUGUAAUAAAAAAAAAUAUUGUUAUUUUA